AUUUCCCAUUAUCUCCAUCCCUUCAGGAAUGUGGGCGGUGCCAUACAGAGAGGUGGGAAAAUAAAGGCUGCUGUGAUAUAAACCUGAAGUUUCCUGGUCCAGCCCAGUAUGUUGCAAGCACUCGCUUGUUUUCUUAGUGCUUGAGCAUCAGGAAAGGAAUCAAGAGGCGAGGCAGAAUCCACACACAGAGCUGUCUUCCAACCUCUUUUCAGGAUGUGGAGGGAACUGCGGAUGGUGGCUUUUUACCGGGCUGUCUUUGCAGAAAUCCUGGCCACCGCCAUCUUUGUCUUCUUUGGCCUGGGCUCGGAGUUGAAUUGGCCAGAGAAGCCCUCUGUCCUGCAGACUGCCAUCACCUUCAACUUGGCCGCAGCCACCGCUGUCCAGAUCGCCUGGCAUGCCAGCGGAUCCCACCUCAACCCAGCAGUGACCUUGGCCUUCCUGCUUGGCUCUCGCAUAUCGUUGGCGAGGGCAGCCUGCUAUAUACUUGCCCAGAUGGUCGGAGGCAUUGUCGGAGCAGCUGUCCUUUACGAGGUGACUCCUGAGGACAUCCGAGGAAGUUUAGGCACCAGUACGGUGAGGGUCAACGUCUCAUCCGGACAAGCUGUGUCCAUCGAGCUCAUUUUGACAUUGCAGCUGGUUCUAAGCUAUCUUGUGUCCACCGAUAGCAGCCGAAACAAAGGUUCUCCAGCUAUCAUGAUCGGUGUCUCCGUUGCCCUGGGACACUUAAUUGGGCACUACUACACCACCUGUUCCAUGAAUCCAGCCAAAUCCUUUGGCCGUUCAGUUGUAGUUGGGAAUUUUACAAAGCAAUGGAUAUUCUGGGUGGGGCCACUGGCUGGUGCAGUCCUGGCCUUUGUGCUUUAUUCCUUUGUCCUUCACCACGACCCAAAGACCUUUGCGGAACGACUGGCUAUUCUCAGGGGCAGCUAUGAUGCAGAACCUUCGGAGAAGGAGAAAGACCAGCCGACAGACUCUGUAUCUCUGCCCAUGCCCAGCCUUGUACAUAGACUCUAGACUCCUAGGAGCAAGCCAUGGAAGAACGUCGACGGCUCCUCUUGUUUUUAGGAAGGACUAAGUGAG